GCCGUGCGCCCCGCGCCCGCCCGCGCCCGGCCCUCCCUCCAUGGCGUUUAUCCGGAAGAAGCAGCAGGAGCAGCAGCUGCAGCUCUACUCUAAGGAGAGAUUUUCCUUGCUGCUGCUUAACUUGGAGGAGUACUACUUUGAACAGCAUACAGCUAAUCAUGUUCAACAUAAGGGCAGUCAGGAUGAAAGGAAAAUCAGAGGUUCCUUAAAAAUAUGUUCAAAAUCAGUUAUUUUUGAACCGGAUGCAAUAUCCCAGCCCAUCAUUAAGAUUCCUUUGCGAGAUUGUAUAAAAAUAGGAAAACAUGGAGAAGAUGGAGCCAAUAGACACCUUGCAAAGGAGAAAUCUGGGGAAAUUUCACUUAUUUUCAGUCAGGUAUAUUUCAUUAAAGAACACAAUAUUGUUGCACCAUAUAAAAUAGAAAGGGGCAAAAUGGAGUAUGUCUUUGAAUUGGAUGUUUCAGGGAAAGUUGAAGAUGUUGUGGAGACAUUGCUUCAGCUUCACAGAGCAUCCUGCCUUGACAAACUAGGGGACCAAACUGCGAUGAUAACAGCUAUUCUGCAGUCGCGUUUGGCUAGAACAUCAUUUGACAAAAACAGAUUCCAAAGUGUUUCUGAAAAGCUGCACAUGGAAUGCAAAGCAGAAAUGGUGACCCCUCUGGUGACGAACCCUGGACACGUGUGCAUCACCGAUACAAACCUGUAUUUUCAACCUCUCAAUGGGUACCCAAAACCUGUGGUCCAGAUAACACUCCAGGAUGUCCGCCGAAUUUACAAAAGGAGGCACGGUCUCAUGCCUUUGGGCUUGGAAGUAUAUUGCACAGAAGAUGAUCUGUGUUCUGACAUCUACCUGAAGUUCUAUGAAACUCAAGAUAGAGAUGACCUCUACUUUUAUAUUGCUACAUAUCUAGAGCACCACGUGGCUGAGCGCACUGCGGAGAGCUACACCCUGCAGUGGCAGCGCGGCCACCUCUCCAACCGCCAGUACCUCCUGCACCUCAACAACCUGGCAGAUCGCAGCUGCAAUGACCUCUCCCAGUACCCGGUGUUCCCGUGGAUAAUUAGCGAUUACAGCAGUCCAGAACUCGAUCUGUCAAAUCCAGGAACUUUCCGGGAUCUUAGUAAGCCAGUAGGGGCCCUAAACAAGGAACGACUGGAGAGACUACUGACACGCUACCAGGAAAUGCCAGAGCCGAAGUUCAUGUACGGCAGUCACUACUCUUCCCCUGGCUAUGUGCUCUUUUACCUUGUUAGGAUUGCGCCAGAGUAUAUGCUGUGCCUACAGAAUGGAAGAUUUGAUAAUGCUGAUCGAAUGUUCAACAGCAUUGCAGAAACUUGGAAAAACUGUUUGGAUGGCGCAACAGACUUUAAAGAGUUAACUCCAGAAUUCUAUGGUGAUGAUGUAAGCUUUUUAGUUAAUAGUCUGAAGUUGGAUUUGGGAAAGAGACAAGGAGGGCAGAUGGUUGAUGAUGUGGAGCUUCCCCCUUGGGCACAGAGUCCCGAGGACUUUCUCCAGAAGAGCAAAGAUGCCUUGGAAAGCAGCUAUGUGUCGGAGAACCUUCACCAGUGGAUUGACCUAGUAUUUGGCUAUAAGCAAAGGGGUGAUGAUGCCGUUGGUGCCCAUAAUGUGUUUCAUCCCUUGACCUAUGAAGGAGGUGUAAACUUGAACAGCAUUGAGGAUCCUGAUGAGAAAGUAGCCAUGUUAACCCAAAUCUUGGAAUUUGGACAGACACCAAAACAACUGUUUGUGACCCCACAUCCUCAGAGGAUCACACCAAAGUUUAAAAGUGUUUCCCAAACCUCCAGUUAUAAUACUUCCAUAGCAGAUUCUCCAGUCUCUCCAGGUGAAGAGUCAUUUGAAGACCUGACAGAAGAAAGUAAAACCCUGGCCUGGAAUAAUAUCACCAAACUGCAGUUGCAUGAACACUAUAAAAUCCACAAAGAGGCAGUUACUGGAAUAGCUGUCUCUUGCAAUGGGUCUUCAGUCUUUACAACAUCUCAAGAUUCAACCUUGAAGAUGUUUUCUAAAGAAUCUAAAAUGCUACAAAGAAGUAUAUCUUUUUCUAAUAUGGCUCUAUCAUCCUGUUUACUUCUACCAGGAGAUGCCACUGUCAUAAGUUCUUCAUGGGAUAAUAAUGUCUAUUUCUAUUCCAUAGCAUUUGGAAGAUGCCAAGACACAUUGAUGGGACAUGAUGAUGCUGUUAGUAAGAUCUGUUGGCAUGACAACAGGCUAUAUUCUGCAUCAUGGGACUCUACAGUGAAGGUGUGGUCUGGUGUUCCUGCAGAAAUGCCAGGCACCAAAAAACACCAGUUUGACUUGCUGGCUGAGCUAGAACAUGAUGUCGGUGUAGAUACAAUCAGCUUAAACGCCGCAAGUACACUGUUGGUUUCAGGCACCAAAGAAGGCACAGUGAAUAUUUGGGACCUCACUAAGGCAACCAUCUUGCACCAGAUUUCAUGCCAUUCAGGGACUGUAUAUGAUACUGCUUUUAGCCCAGAUAGUCGCCAUGUCCUCAGCACAGGAGAAGAUGGCUGUCUAAAUGUCAUAGAUGUGCAGACAGGAAUGCUCAUCUCUUCUUUGCCUUCAGAUGAGCCCCAGAGAUGCUUUGUCUGGGAUGGAAAUUCUGUUUUGUCUGGAAGUCAGUCUGGUGAACUGUUUGUUUGGGACCUCCUUGGAGGAAAAAUCAGUGAGAGAAUACAGGGCCACACAGGUGCUGUGACAUGUGUAUGGAUGAACGAACAGUGUAGCAGUAUCAUCACAGGAGGGGAAGACAGACAAAUCAUGUUCUGGAAAUUGCAGUAUUAAGUGCCUUUUCCUUUCGAAUAUUAAAUUGAACUCUAUUUAAUGUAUUUUUAAGCCAAACUUUUAAGUGAACUGGUGAAUGUGCAAUGAUAGUAAUUAGAAGUUUUACCACUGUGGUUUUAAGCCGUCUAAACCACGAUGACUUCAUUCAAAGCCAUUAGUUGCCAUCCUUUAAGACAUACAGCUAUGGCAGUGUUAAGGAGAAAACAUCCCAUCUGUAAGGCAGACGAUCAUCCCAGUACAAGGCUGAUCAGAAGUCUGGGUGGCAAAGAGAAUAUCUGGAGAAACUUUCAGAAAGCACUGAAAAAUUUAGAAUUUUCCAAGAAAAUGUGCAGUAUUCUCUACUAAUUCUGAGUCACUCUAUUUUGUUGUCCUUAUCUACACAAUUGCUGCCCAUUAGGUUUUUGGGUAUGUGUUUCAUGGAGUGGUUACUUUCUAAAACCUGCUGUCCUCAGAUUCUAAGAACCUGGGGAAGGACUAGCCGUUCUUGUAACAGUAAGUUUGCUGUGUAUAGGGACAGUUUAUUUCAUUAUAGUUAUUAAAUGCUCAUCUUUUCUACGACAUUAAAAGUAUUUUUCUGUAAU